AUCUUCUCUUAAACCCUUUUCUUAAUUUCACUCAUUCACUAUGGGGGCUAACGUGUCAAAGGCCUUAGGAAAGAUAUUCGGUAACAAGGAAAUGCGCAUUCUAAUGCUUGGAUUAGAUGCUGCUGGUAAAACAACUAUUUUGUACAAGCUUAAACUCAACCAAUCUGUCACCACUAUUCCAACUGUCGGUUUCAACGUUGAAUCAGUUACAUAUAAGAACGUCAAAUUCAAUGUAUGGGAUGUAGGCGGUCAGGAUAAGAUCCGCAACUUGUGGCGACAUUAUUAUACUGGCACUCAAGGAUUGAUCUUCGUUGUUGAUUCACAAGAUCGUGAUCGUAUCGAUGAAGCUAAACAGGAGCUUCACCGCAUCAUAUCUGAUCGAGAAAUGAAGGAUUGCUUAUUACUUGUGUUUGCUAACAAGCAAGAUUUACCGGGAGCCAUGUCCCCUGCAGAAUUGACCGAACGAUUGGGCUUGCACAAGAUGAGAGACCGAGCAUGGUAUGUGCAUCCAUCGUGCGCAACCACUGGAGAAGGCCUUUUCGAAGGUCUUAACUGGCUCAGCCAAAACGUCAAGAGCAAAUAGACCCCGAGCAGAAACAUGUUAUUACAACUUGAAAGAAACAAAGCACUCUCCCAUAACAACAAAACAAAAAAAAGACAUCUAUCAUCAGGUUACGAAAAAAUGAAAAAAAAAAUCCCCCCCCACAAAAAAAAGAAUGUAUUGAUCCGUCGCAUAAGAUACCUUAACUAUAAUUUCUUCACAUAAGAGAAAGCCCCUCUCUCCGCCUUUUUGCCUUUCUUCUCCUUCGUCUGUCUUCCCUUGGAUACUGUGCUCUUACUUUUAAUUAUGUCAGCUAGUCACUAGCUGUAUCUGCGUCUGGACCGGCGCGUAGACUGCAAAAAAGAGGUCCAUUCUAUUCAUCCAAAUAAAAAAAUAAA